UAUCCUUUUUCAGGCCAAUGUGCACCAAAAUCACAUCUUGUCUCUUCUGUCUGGAAUCCUCUGUCUCUGUGAGCACCCAGACAGUUCCUCCUGUGUUUCUAUCUUGAGACAUACCACAUUCUCCAUGAGAGAUGCUGGGAAGGGAAGUGGAGAAUGCCGGGGGAGGACACUAUCAAAGGCACCCACACCCUGACUCUCUUUUGUUGCCGUCACAUCCCCAGCUGUUGGGCCUUUACUUCCCACAUGCUCCUGCAGCUGAGUUUCUGAAUGAGAGAAGCAGGUCCUGUGGAAAGUCCAGAAAUUUUGGGAGCUGCCUGGGUGGCCACAGAUAUGAGAGAGGUGGGAGCCCCUCGCCAGGACCUCACUGAGCCACUCUCCCUCGUCACUCCAGGAUGGUCCCCGCGGGUUAGGUGUCCUUGACCAGCAGCACAGCCGAUCCCACGCUGGCUGCUGCCGCCCGGAGCUGGGGUGGUGCCUGACCUUAAGCCCAGGGCUGAGGGGCUGGGACAAGCCCAGUGCCGCCGCGCGGGAGGGCCGGGUUCAGGUUACGGCCUCGUACAGAAAUGAGUGGGGCUGCGAGAGUCCAAUGAGGUUUCUGGUGCCGCGGCAGAGGUGUAUUAAAGGGGAGUGUACGGGCGGCUGCGGGCUUCGGCAGUGUCCCCGGGCAUGGCGGGGCCGGGCAGCGACGGGGACCUGCGGCGCCUGCUGAAGCUGCACCGCACCGAGAUCGCCAUGGCAGUGGACGACGUCUUCCCACUGCUGCAUGGCCUGGCUGACCACGAUGUCGUUCCUGACCACAUCUUCAAGGAGACGCUGAGCCGGACGGAGCGGGAGGGCUCCCACCGCGCUUUCCACGCGCUGCUCACCUGGCUGCUGGGCCGCGACGCUGCCGCAGUCCGCGACUUCUGGGCCGUCCUUUUCAAGGACUACAACCUGGAGCGGUACUCCAGGCUCCGGCCUCUCCGCGGCGCCUUCCCCAGAGAGGUGGAGCUGGGGCGGCAGCGCCGUGGAAGGCGUUUCUCCCCGAGCCCCACAGCACCGGCCCCACACAGACCUCAAGGCAAGAGGAAAGCCCCUGAGGAGCGGGACAAGGCCCGGGCAGCACAGUCCGCUCCACGGAACAGCGCCAGUCCUGGGCCUCUGGUGAAGGCAAAGACUGUGAAGAAGCCGGAGGGCACAGAUACCCCCCGCACUUCGCGUGCCAGCGCCCUCCAGGCAGUGGCUGCUUCGGUGCAGAGGGCAGUGGCUGUGGCAGGUGGUGAGGUGCCAGUCAGCCGUGGGGCCGUCGAGGGCAUCCUCAUUAAACAUGUGCUGGAUCCACGCAGCUCCAAGACAGUCAGCAGAGCUGGGGAUGAGCCAUAUAACCCUGCUGCCUGCGAGGAGCCAGAGGCCAGGAGCAGAAGCCACAGCCUGAAGCCCCCUGCCCAGCCCAAGGCAUGCCAAAGUGUACAGACACCCCCCUCAUAUGUUUUGACCCCCAUCUUGUGCAGCUGCCAAGGCUGUGGCAGGGGGUUGUUUCUGCAUGGUAUCAUAGCCAUGGCCUGGGAGUGUCCCCCAGUGCAAGCAGUGCCUCUCCAAGCCCCUUCUUGUGUUGCCAACAGAACAGGGAACCCCAACUGCACCCCCAGGGCCAGCUGAGCAGCCACUGUGUUCAGCCAGGACCCUGUGCCCCAGCAGGAGAAUGAGGAUGAGUGUGCAGCAUGCGGUGAUGGUGGUGAGCUCAUCUGCUGUGACGGCUGCCCCAGGGCCUUUCACCUUGCCUGCCUGGUGCCCCCACUGCCCCAUUGCCCCCUGCCAUCCCUCACUGCACUGCUCCCACUGUGCAGCGGGACAUGGCGAUGUGGCUCCUGUGUGGAGAACGUGACUGAACCAGGCCAGCUGCUGGAGGCAGACUUGCCUGUGGAGAGACCCCCCGAGAUCCUGGGAGAAGCGACACGGGACACCCAGCUGGGUGGAGUUGAGGGAAGCAUCUGCAGCCGCUGCUGCACCCAGAUCCCCACUGGCCAACACUGUCCUGCUCCCAGUGGGGACCCCAGGGGGCUGCUGCUGUGCACAUCCUGCAUGGGCACCCUGGACACAGGUGGCGUGGGCACCACCUCAGCAGCUGGAGACCAACUGCUUCCAGCAGCCAAGGCAGAGGACGGAGCCCUUGGCAGUGACACUGUGCUGAGCCGGGAUGAGCUCGAUGCGCUGCUAGGUGAGAGCACGUGGGAUGGGAUCUUGCAGUGGGCAUUCCAGACCAUGGCGCGGCCGCUCGCAGAAACACAGGGACUCCUUGCCUAGUGCAUAGAUCAAGCAGCGGAUUCCACAUCCCAAGCUAUGAAAAAACAGCCUCUGAGACAGAUGCAAAACAAAAUGCACACAGGCACCGCAGCUGCUCAAAAAAAACAUGACAGAAAAAAACCACAAGAGAAUAUAACAAAAAUACUCAGACAAAGGAAAAUAGCAGGUCACAGCUAGUGACACUCAACAGAGAACAUGCACAAUGAAAAAGUGAAUAAACAACAUCACAGACAAACUGCAAAAGGUGAUUGAAAAAAAAUACAAUAAAAAUACCACAAGAAAAAAAUAGUUAUUAUUAAACAAAUGAUAAAAAGAAAAAGUUACAAAUUUAAACUGUUCCAAAAUGAAACGGGCACUGGACAUGGAAAUCUCAAAAAUGUCAGCACAAAGAUG